AUGCCAUACGAGUACCAGGACCUCCAAACGAGCGAAGACGAAGACGACAUCUACAUCCGACUCAUUGAGCUCUACCAUGGUCCCAAGACAGGACCUGUUGUUUGCCGUAUCAUCUCUACGUUACUUUCCGAAGCACCAGUAUUCGAAGCUGUAUCAUACUGCUGGGGUCAGUCCGAUCCUGGCACAAUAUACAUUACGGACAAAGACCCGGACUCUGCGCAGCAGUUGCUUGCUGAUGGCGCGCUCGCUGACAAUGCACUCAAUAUACCCGGAUCGUUGAUACCCUUCUUGCAACGCACUCAAGCACUUGGAAAUAGCAUGCUGCGCAUGUUUUGGAUAGACAGUAUAUGUAUCAAUCAGGAAAAUCAGAACGAGAAGAGUAUACAAGUGCCAAAAAUGAGAGAUAUCUAUCUGAAAGCGAAGUGGACACUGGCCUGGCUGGGUCCAGAGGCAAACGGUAGUAGCGGUGCACUUGAAUUUGCAAUCUCCCUGAACAAAGUGUUUACAAAAGAAUUGGCAAAGCCAGGUACCAACACACUCACUCCCGAGGGAGAAAAAGAGAACGAGGAGGUUGAUGUCAAAGUCGUGUUAGGCGAUCCCAACCUCGACGCACUGUUGAAGCUUCUGGAUCGGCCUUAUUUCGAGCGCGCCUGGAUCGUUCAGGAAGUCGUGAUAAGUGACACCGUGUGGAUGGUGUGCGGAAACACGGUCAUUAGCUGGGCGGCUUUCCUCGGAUCCUAUCUUUACAUUAUACAUUAUCACGCAUGGUUGUGGGAGUUCUAUUCCGGUACGAGGUUUUCGUUCCUCUUUGCGCUGAGACUCAGCGAGAUGGACUGGGAGAGACGCAGGGAGAUCGAAUGGUGGAGAGUGCUACUUCGACACCGAAUGUGCAUCUCGGGAGACCCAAGAGAUAAGAUUUACGCCCUCUAUGGGCUGGGAUGUAAACUUGCGCUUCAACAACUGGGUAUCGAGCCUGACUACGAAAACACAACGCCCGAGACACUAUUUACCCGGCUUGCCGUACGUUCGUUUGCAAAGGGUCAUGCGGAUGUUUUAAGAGUACCAAGGUUGGCCAUUACGCGUAAACAAGAAGGAGAAAAGGGAUUCGAGAAGAUAGUACUACCAUCGUGGGUACCAGAUUGGAGAUGGACAAUACAGACACCUAGUUCCAUGGACGCCGCCGAGGGUGAUGAGGCUCUGCUCCCGGGCCCAACAUACGACGUUUCGAAAGACUCUGCGUUCCAGGUUCGCUUCGAUGUUCCCGCUUGGAACACGUUCGUGGACACUGAACCUGAGCCCACACCGCUGCCGAAACUGAUAUGUGUGCGAGGAUUUGUCAUUGCUAGAGUCACCCAUCUUACGCCCCGGCCUUGGGAGAUACACACUCCUUCUGGACGUCAGACGCUCAUGGAACAAGGACGCCUUUUGCAAACGACCCAGCAGCAAGUUUACGAGUGGGAAACAGCCAUGCGACCCUUGAAACCAUCUCAGAUCUAUGACGCUACUGGCGAGCCCUACGACACCGCGACUUACGAAACCUUCAUGACCGGUACAUCAGUCUACACGUCUGCAGAGAAAGAGGCAGCUGCGCAAGGUUUCGAACGGCGGCAACGCAUCCUGCGCCUGAUACCUAUUUUCCACCUCCAGAAUUUCUUCAUAUUUUACCUGGUUUUCGUCCUGAUAGAACGUGUAUUGCGAUACUUUAGUUACACGCAUUCCGAAACGGCUUUCAGGAUCAUGGUCCUCAAUAUGACGAAUCGAAAAGGAGCUAGGCUGUUCAGUGAGGACGAAUCCUCACAAGAGCUUCUCGGAUUGGUACCGGGAAUCUGUGGGCUCGGUGAUUAUGUCGUGUUAGUCCAGGGUGUAAAACUGCCGCUUGUGCUAAGGUGGAAAGGUGAAGAGAUGGUGCAAGUAGACGAAAGUCGGAGGAAAACAGUGCCAGUAUGGGAGUUCCUUGGAAAUUCCUAUAUCCACGGGGUCAUGAACGGAAAGCGCUGGGAUGCGGGGAGGUGUGAGGAUCUUUGGAUUGGGUGAUAGGACCGCAUG